AUGGACGCUGCAAUCCGGCGAGGCCACCCGAUCGUGUUCGGUUCCAUCAUCGUUUUUUCCAUCAUCGAGAUGUCAAUCUCCGCCUGGCUCACCUCCCAAUACACCUCCCUUUCCCCCGCGCCCAGUGGGGCCCUGCGCUCGCGCGUCCACUACAUCCUCUUCCUCUCCGUCUGGACCAUCCUCUUCUGCGGCGCCUUCCUCGGCGUGUUUUUGGUGAGGAAGGGGAGCGUGCUGGUUAGCGUGGCGGCGCAUUUCGUUUUCCUCGCCCUAACCUGGAUCCUCUGGCUCGCAGCUGCAGCAGCUAUCACCCAAACGAUCGGCGGCGCGCUCAACUGCUCAACCCAGACGGUGUUCGUGUUCUGCGGCCAGCUGAACGCGCUCGAGGGGUUUGCUUGGUUGAUUUGGGUAAUGAUCACAUUCUCCCUCGUCCUCGUCCUCGUCCGCGGGAUACAAUCUGCGAAGCGGGGGGAUGGGUAUGGGGCUGGGUUGGUUGAUGCUUGA